UUACCCACUACAAACCCUCCCAAAUUCCCUGUCAUAAACCACACAUCACACUGUUUUCUUCGAUACAAUCGAAGCACAAUCAAUUUUCUCCUUCUCUUGCUUGCUUUCAUAUCCAACACUGUCGCCAACUCUCCAACAACAAUCUCACUUUCAACACAAAUCUUGCUAAUUCUCUCUCCUACUCUUCAAUGGCUGCCUCUUCUCAAGCUAUCUUCCAUGGCUCUGUUCACACCAUGCUUUCCUGCUCUUCUUCUCCCAAAUCUGACACUCUUGGCUCAGUCAAAAUCCUCCCUUUUAACCUCCGCCGUCACCGGAGUACCAGUUACCCCCGUGCCUGCCGCCGCACGGCCGUUCCUGUCUCUGCCAAGAGGUCUGCUUACCCUGAGCUUAUUCCUGUCUCCCCUGAAGACGAUACCCAGGUAGGAGAGCAAUUUGAAUACCUAAGCGGAACCCAUCUUAUUGGGGAAGCAGCUGCUGGAAGGUGGUCUAAGCCUAAGCCAAUCGUUGGGCGCAAAACAAAGAUUGUUUGCACCAUUGGUCCAUCCACUGAUACACGUGAAAUGAUAUGGAAGCUUGCUGAAGCUGGGAUGAAUGUAGCUCGACUAAAUAUGUCCCAUGGAGACCAUACAUCUCAUAAGAAAGUCAUUGAUUUGGUCAAGGAAUAUAAUGCUCAAUCCAAGGACAAUGUCAUUGCUAUCAUGCUCGAUACAAAGGGACCUGAGGUCAGGAGUGGUGAUUUGCCACAACCAAUUAACUUAGAAAGUGGUCAAGAAUUCACUUUCACAAUCAAAAGAGGAGUAGGCACAGCAGACUGUGUCAGUGUCAACUAUGAUGAUUUUGUGAAUGAUGUAGAAAAAGGCGAUAUGCUACUUGUUGAUGGUGGUAUGAUGUCCUUACUGGUGAAGUCGAAGACGGAAGAUUCUGUGAAGUGUGAAGUUGUUGAUGGUGGAGAGCUUAAGUCAAGGAGACACUUAAAUGUCAGGGGAAAAAGUGCUACAUUGCCAUCUAUUACUGAAAAGGACUGGGAUGACAUCAAGUUCGGGGUAGACAAUGGAGUUGAUUUCUAUGCUGUCUCAUUUGUCAAAGAUGAAGUUGUUGUUCAUGAAUUGAAAAACUAUCUGAAAAGUCGUGGUGUUGAUAUCCAUGUCAUUGUAAAAAUUGAGAGUGCAGACUCCAUACCGAAUUUGCAUUCAAUUAUUACUGCUGCUGAUGGGGCUAUGGUGGCUAGAGGAGAUCUAGGUGCUGAGCUUCCCAUUGAGGAGGUUCCUCUUCUACAGGAAGAGAUAAUACGAUUGUGCCGCAGCAUGGGCAAAGCUGUGAUUGUAGCUACAAACAUGCUAGAAAGCAUGAUUGUUCACCCAACACCGACACGAGCUGAGGUAUCUGAUAUUGCCAUUGCCGUUAGAGAGGGUGCUGAUUCUGUUAUGCUUUCUGGUGAAACUGCUCAUGGGAAAUUCCCCCUUAAAGCUGUCAAGGUUAUGCACACUGUUUCAUUGAGAACUGAAGCAACCUUGGACGGUGCUUCUGCUGUUGCUCAAACAUCACAUAGUCUUGGUCAAGUAUUCAAGAACCAUAUGAGUGAAAUGUUUGCAUUUCAUGCUACCAUGAUGUCUAAUACUCUUGGGACCUCAAUUGUAGUCUUCACCAGAACUGGUUUUAUGGCCAUCCUACUGAGCCAUUAUCGGCCUUCUGGAACAAUAUUUGCAUUCACAAAUGAUAAGAGGGUACAACAAAGGCUUGCACUGUACCAAGGUGUAUGUCCCUUACAUAUGAAGUUCUCCAAUGACUCUGAGGAAACGUUCUCAAAGGCUUUAACUCUUCUGCAAAAGCAAGGUAUGGUGAAGGAAGGGGAUGAGAUUGCUAUUGUUCAAAGUGGUAAGCAGCCUAUUUGGCGAUCCCCAUCGACCCAUAAUAUUCAGGUGAGGAAAGUUUAGACUAAGCAAAGAGGAUGCAUAAGCAAUCAUGCUUCCUAUACAAGUUUGAGGGGCAGAAAAUGAAGGGUCUGAAAAUCUCGAGCUUGCAACAUCCUCAAUAUUCGUUAUGUGGCACGGCUUUGUGGUGCAAUAUGCAUACAUCAGAAAUAAUGUUUGUGUUGUCCCUGUUGUGAUCAAGUUGCCCCAUUGAAUAUGUGAUGGGCAGUGUAAUAUGAGAUAUUUGUUCUGCAGGCAUAUCGUAGGUAGGGUUUAGUGUUAGUUCUGCCUCAGUGAUAGGAUAGCCAACCUAGUGUUUUCUUGGCCAUACUUCAACGAUUUCAAACUACAUUCUUUCACUAUAUGCUUAAAAACAGGAGCUAAGUAUUGGCAUAAUUGCAGUUUGUUUGCUCUGCCUUGAAAUGAAUGGAAUUUUCUCUGAAAACCGAAA